AUGGAAAGCUACCGCGUGGGACCUCUAAGUCUGAAUAGCACGCCAGUCGACCUUAUCGAGUCACAACCUAGGCCCUCUCCAACCCAUGAUGACUUUUUUCAUACCAUCUCCACCUCAAUUCCCAGCCUAGCACCUCUUUCCGAGGAGGCACACGCCGCCACCACAAUUGAGCACAGAAUGACUUUUCGGCAAGGUUGUCAUCUCUACCCCAAAGCCAUUGCGUGGUCAGUGCUACUAUCAAUGGCGAUUGUCUUGGAGGCUUAUGGAACUAUUUUGAUCAAUGGCUUUCUUGGUUUUCCUGCUUUCCGGGAGACCUAUGGUACGCCAACCGGUCGACAAGGUUAUGAGAUUUCUGCAGCGUGGCAGGCUGGCCUCAUUAAUGCAGCUUAUGCGGGUCAGAUUUUGGGUUUAUUGUUUAAUGGUGUUCUAACAGAUAGAUAUGGCUAUCAACGCGUUAUGGUUGGGUGUCUGGUCAUCUUAUCGUUAUUUUUGCUCCUGAUUUUCUUCGCACGAAAUAUCCAGAUGCUCGUAUCAGGCUACGUCCUGUGCGGAUUGCCCUGGGGGGCUCUCCAAACGUUGAGCAUGACGUACGCGGCCGAAGUCAUGCCAGUCGCCUUACGAGCAUACCUAACGUCGAACAUUAACAACUGCUGGCUUCUCGGGCAGCUUGUGGGGGCUGGUAUGAUGCGUAUAUUCAUCAGCAGCCCAUCACAAUGGUCAUACCGAAUUCCAUUGGCUCUGCAGUGGACGUUUUUAGUCCCGAUUUUGAUUGGGAUCCUCUUUGCCCCUGAAAGCCCUUGGUGGCUUGUACGUCACGAAAAGAAUGCGCAAGCGGAAAAGGCCCUUCUUCGGCUUACUUCAGCCGGUCCCGGCAACAGUAUCGACGUCCAUAAGACACUGGCUAUGUUACGCCACACUAAUGAGGUAGAAAAAUACCUCAGCGGUGGCGGAGCCUCGUAUCUUAGUUGCUUCAGAGGUACUGACCUCCGACGCACUGAAGUUGCCUGUAUGGUCUGGAUCACGCAAUCACUCUGCGGUGCAGCCUUGACUGGUUAUGCAGUGUAUUUCUAUGAACAGGCAGGUUUGUCUACUUCCCAUGCCAUCACUGUUGGAAUUGGAGUGUUUGGUUCGGGAAUAGUUGGAGGGUUUCUCUCCUGGAUUUGGCUGCGCAUAAUUGGCAGACGCACUAUCUACCUAUGCGGUCUGAUCCUCUUAUUCAUUGUUUUGAUGAUUGCAGGUGGAAUGAGUACGUUAAAGGAACGCCAGACCACCUCUUGGGUUCUCGGCUCCUUAAUCAUCGUGCUCACGUUUAUUUAUGACACCACAAUCGGCCCUGUCUGCUACGUCCUCGUGGCUGAAAUUCCCUCCUCUCUCCUGCGGAACAAAACUGUUGUCCUUGCUCGCGUCGCCUACAGUUUGAGCAGCGUCAUUGUCAAUACUGUUACAACACGCAUGCUAAACCCAACCGCUUGGCACUGGGGGGUAAAAGUUGCUUCUUAUUUGCUGGCACUACCGUCUGUUGUUUUGUCUGGGCCUAUUUCCCCAAAGGGGCUCACAUACUUAGAGCUAGAUAUUCUAUUCAGCAAGAACGCAUCGGCCCGCAAGUUCCGACAGUUCCGGGAGCGUCUCGAAAGGUCUGGGUAUUUCAGUCUUGCUCGGAUGGAUCGCCCCGACAGCCUUUGGGACCCUCGCUGA